AUGCCACUCUGUCAGCUAUGUUCAAGUCUCGACUUCGCCGCCCUUUCUCAGCCACCAAGCAAAGAUUCGUUGAGGCUCACCUGGACAGUGGGUGGCGGUUUACGAUUCAGUUACGACCACCCUGGCCUUGAGAUCGAUCUCACUGAGAGGUGCCUCACUCAUCAUUAUGAUUCCUUUAGCCUUUUGGAAGCUAGCGCGAGGAAAUGCGAUCUUUGCUCGUUGAUGCUCGGCGUUGUGGACCGCUACCGCAUGGAAUACAAUCGUCUAGGAAUGCUUCGUGGCUAUAAUCCAGUUCUUCCCGAGUUCAAGCUAUGGCUUAGAGGUCGAGACAACGGAGAUGGUUUCGAGAUUCUUGCAGAGGCACAAACGAACGACCGACGAUGGAAGUUCAGCUUACCGUUACUUGGAGGCAUCGGCAUUGCACUCCGGGAAACAGAAUUUGUAAAGGGUCGUCUAAUUGACCUAUCGCCGAAGACCCCAAGGACAGUGAACAUGGUCAGGAACUGGAUUGCAGAAUGCUCAGAGCAGCACCAACACACAGCCUCGUUAUCAGAAGGCAUGCCUUCUAUGGUGCUGAAGAUACUCGAUUCUGGUAAUAAAGUGUGUCUCGAUGUACCAACUGUGGCAGUUGUCAGGUUGAAGGAAGGGAUCAGGACAUCCACCUUGCCUAAGACCUUCCAGGAUGCAGUGUGGCUGGCGUAUCAGCUGGAUAUAGAAUAUAUAUGGAUUGAUAGUCUCUGUAUCAUUCAAGACGAUAUUGAGGAUUGGAACCGGGAGUCCGCAAGGAUGGACCGAGUCUAUCAGAACUCGUGGCUCAACAUAGCUGCCGAUAGAGCUGCCGAUAGCUAUGAAGGCUUCCUUGGUGAGCGGCACAUACCGGAAUACGUGGCGAUACCAUUCUGCGCACAAGGGACAACACUAGAAGCUCUGGCCUAUACCCUUCCGUGGAGUUGCAUAGGAGAUCGGAGCCGACUAUCUUGGAUUGAGGAUGAGCCUCUGACGACUAGGGCUUGGGCCUUGCAGGAGCGUUAUCUAGCCCAGAGGACGGUGCACUUCACUAGGCAUCGUAUCCUUCUCGAGUGUCCCCAGCAUUGCAUAGCUGAGGACUUCGACCACAGCCUCACUUUCUCUACUAUGACGCAGGUGCUAUCCAAGAGCUACGCUGGAGAACAAAGUGUUACGGAUUCCCGCCACCUAGACUGGUUGGAGCUCGUGGAAAACUACACUACACGCAAACUAACUCUGGCCGACGAUAAGCUGCCUGCACUCAGCGGGUUGGCUGCACACUUCGCCCGAAACAGCCACCUUGAUCGUGGCUAUUCAACUACCCCUUUUCAAUAUCUCGCCGGUCAUUGGUCAGAUCACAUCGUCAGAAGUCUUUGUUGGGAAUGCCGAGAAGGUGGAGGUAAACGUCCUACGAAGUACCGCGCUCCCACAUGGUCCUGGGCAUCGCUAGACGCUCAGAUCAAAUGCACUGAGAUAUGGAUUGAUCAUGCACACGAGCUUGUCAGUAUAAAGCACGUUCAUGUAGACCUUGAGUCUUCUCAAAGCCCGUACGGAAAGGUGACAGGCGGCUACGCAUUGAUGGGGGUGAGUAAAACGUGGCCUUUAUCAGUCCAAGAAAACGAUUGGGAUCUUCAAUUUGGAGAAGAAGAUAUUCGUUUCAGGCUGAGUAUCUUUUGGGACUUGGAAGAAUAUGGUCGAUAUCCGAGAGAGGAUGAGAUAAGACUUUACCAAGAGGAAGGAUUGGUAGCUGUACCAUUAGGUUGGACAGGCGUUCCAAAGCUGAGGAUCCACCGAUACUAG